GGAAUUGAUUUAUUAAUCUGAUGUAUAAUUUAAAUUUCAGAGCUCAAAAGAGGACUAGGUGUUUGGUGGAGAGGGGUAUUGGCCUUCUCAAACGUCGCUUCCACGCCCUCCAUGGUGAAAUACGUCUGAGUCCUCAAAAAACCUGCCACGUAAUCAUAGCUUGUGCAGUAUUGCACAACAUAUGUAAAGUCCGCAACAUAAAUCUACGAGUAGAUCCUGAGGAAGAGGAGGCAGCUGCAGUCAUCAAUGUGGUGCCUCCCCCUGAAGCACACGAGGGAUUGGCUGUGGAAGGACUUCCUCAAGAUGGUCUACGCUAUAGGCAGCACUUCACCAACCUUACCUUUCAAAAUGUUGAGUGACAGAAAACACCACUCUUGAGAACUUCAACCUUCACCACAUAUGUACUGCCUGG